GGUCUGAGCAGAGAUAUGGCAAGAGAGAAACUCAGGGGGAAGACAGAGGGUUAUAUCAACAGGACUGGCCCUUGGUUCAGGGCACAGGGUGAGUCUCCCAGAAAGGGAGCCACUAACAGCCACUCAGUAAGAGAAGAGGCUAUACCCAAUCUGAGCACCGGCUCUUCCCACCCUUGCUCCAAGCUGGGGAGAGACCGCAGUGGGAGUAGAGACAGGUGGACCCAGAAUUGCAUUGCAGUGUGAUGUGGGAGAGACAAGGUGUCCAGAGUGUUGGGCCACAGAUGGACCCCACUGGGGUAUAUCAGGGACCAGGGAUAUUUUAGUUACUGUUCUAUCGCUGUGAAGAGACACCAUGACCAAGGCAACUCUUAGGGAAAAAAAGCAUUUAAUUGGGAGCUUAUGUAAUAGUUUCAGUGGUUUGGUCCAUUAUCAUAAUGGCGGGGAGUAUGGUGACAGGCAGGAAGGCAUGGUACUGGGGAAGCACCUAAGAGUGUACAUCUGACCCAAAAGUUACAGGAAGAGAGAAAAAAAAUGGGCUUGCAUGGGCUUUGGAAACCUGAAGCUCACUCUCAGUGCCACACCUCCUCCAACAAGGCCACACCCCCUUCAACAAGGCCACACCCCUCCAAGGCCACACCUCCUCCAACAAGGCCACCCUUCUUAAUCUUUCCUAGACAAUUCCACUAUCAGGGAUACAAAUGUGUCCAUGAGGGCCAUUCUUGUUCAAACCACCACAAAGGACAGCUGAAAGGUGGGGCCAGAAUGAUAGGUCAUAGGGUAGUAACACCAGUGGCAGAGGGCUGGUGGUCAGUUAUUCAUACCCUUGAGAGAAAGAGACGCUGGUCUCCUAGAGCCCCUCCCUCCCAUGAUCCUAAUUUACCACAGGACUGCUGGUAAGAAGACAGAAAAUGACACCUUCCUAAGCAGCCCGGCAGGCAGCGCCCAUCAUCAUACUCUGGGGAAGGGGCUGUCGUCUGGGAAGCUGGAGGGCGUCUGAGAGGCUGGAGGGAGCCGGUCAGUACCUGCCUGGAGUACUAAUCAGGCUGAGGCACUUCAGUGACCUCAUUCAGACUGCUGACUGUCCCCAUGCGGGUCAGACCCAUAGUGAAUGAAUAAGAGGACAGAAUGUUCCCCACAGAGCAAAUACAUUAGUACGUACAUAGGAGGGGCUGAGUGGAUGCAGGGUGUCAUGCUGACUUGGCUUCUUGAGGCCCAUAAGGCUCUAAGAGGAAGCGAGCGUCAUCAGGGAGCCCAGCCAGCUGCCCCCUGCUUAUCAUUGAGUUUGCCAAGAAUGGAGCCCCAGCUCCUCGUGAGUUUUUCCAGGAGCGCCCACCGACUCCAGCCUCUUAGGCCAUUCAGAAGGGACACUUCCUACCAUGAGAACCCCUGGUUCCUCAAGCCUGGAAUUUCUCAGUAUGACCUGGCCUGGAUAAUAAGGCUGGGGACAGAGGGGAGGAGCAAAGGCUUCUGGGACCCUUAGCCACUCGGUGCGGCAAGAGAUACAGUGGCUAAUGUGUGGGAUGGGGUUGCACAGGCUGUGGUUUCCCAGGGUAGAUAGAUCUGUACAAAGCCUCUAGCACAGCCCUCAGCCCCCGUAGCCUGAGCAGAGCUGGCCAGCUUCUGGAAAGAUUCCCACAGAGGCGGCCAGCUCCUCAUCCUAACUGAACCUCCAAGCUAAGCGAAAAGGGGGGGUAAGUCACAAGUAAAUGGUGAGGGACAAGGCAGCUCUGUCCUCCCCACGUUGGCUCCUCUGCUCUGCCUUGCAUGCCAGACCCUUCCCAGCUGGGGCCCCCGGAAGCCACCUCCCCGCAGGGCUUCUUGUGUCCAACGGCUGGGUCCUGGAUGCUGGGAAAUAGUCUGUCCAAGGAGGACAUCGGGGAGAGGGCUCUGCUACCCUGAAUUUCUGGGAUGCAGUUGCUGAAGGCAGGCCGGCACUGUGAGAGUCUGAGUGGUCCUGAGGGAGCCCCCUACUCAGGAGCAAGACCCAAAAGGACACAGAGGCUGAGUGCGGAGACCUGGGACCUGCUGCGGCUCCCCCUGGACCGGGAGCAAAAUGGAGAGACCCACCACACAGGGGACUGGAGGGGUCCAAGCAGGGACUCGCUUCCUCUCCCCAUGAGGAGCAGGAAGUACCAGGAAGGUCCAGAUGCCAUUGAGAGGAGACCCCGGGAGGGUAGCCACUCUCCACUGGACAGUGCUGAUGUAAGGGUACAGGUGCCUCGCACGGGUAUCCCCAGGGCCCCGUCCUCUGACGAGGAGUGUUUCUUCGAUCUGCUGAGUAAGUUCCAGAGCAGUCGUAUGGAUGACCAACGCUGUCCCCUGGAGGAAGGCCAGGCUGGGGCUGCUGAGGCUACAGCUGCCCCAACCCUGGAGGAGAGAGCGGCUCAGCCCUCUGUAACAGCUUCACCACAGACUGAAGAGUUCUUUGACCUCAUUGCCAGCUCCCAGAGCCGCCGGCUGGAUGACCAGAGGGCUAGCGUAGGCAGCCUGCCUGGGCUUCGCAUCACCCUCAACAACGUGGGGCACCUCCGAGGCGACGGGGACCCCCAGGAGCCAGGGGAUGAGUUUUUCAACAUGCUUAUCAAAUACCAGUCCUCCAGGAUUGAUGACCAGCGCUGUCCACCCCCUGAUGUGCUGCCCCGAGGCCCCACCAUGCCUGAUGAGGAUUUCUUCAGCCUUAUCCAGAGGGUGCAGGCUAAGCGGAUGGAUGAGCAGCGUGUGGACCUGGCUGGGAGUCCAGACCAAGAGGCCAGUGGGCUGCCUGAUCCCCGGCAGCAAUGUCCGCCAGGUGCCAGCUAAGGCCUCACCCCUACAGCCAGCCAUGCCCUACUCUGGACUCUGUAGGCUCACAGUUGUCCACAGUGGCCAUGACCCCCCAGUAAGCCAAAUCCUCCCAAGGCCAUGAUGGAGAGCCAGCUCAGCCCCAACCCCUUCCUCCCACUGAGCCAGAUGGUGGGCACACACCCCUCAAGAACCCCCCACCCUAGGUGGUGGGCUCAGGCUAGAGCUGCUGUAUGGGGGAGGGCAUGCUUCUGUCCCCAUAUGAUCCACAGCUUAACUGCAGGCCCUGCCCUGCCCUGUCCUGCCCCAGGCCGGGCCUUCAGCAUGUUGGCCCCAAGCCCCGGUGCUGUCCAGAGUCUUCUCCCUCAAGCCCUGCCCUGCCAAAUGUGAAAUUCUGCCAACUCUCCCAAGCUCCCCAGAGGGGUUUCAAAGACUUCUGGUGGGGGCUACAGUGGCAAGGCAUCUUCUGUCCCCCAGCUGGUCCUGGGACGGCUAUGAAGGAGGUACACUGCUCUGCCUCACCUCCCCAGGGCAGGCCUAUCCUGGUUGUGGCAGGCCUGGCUGUGCCCAACCCUGCUGUGGGAGAUUGGCGGCUGUGAAGUCCAGAUACCCUGACCUGAUAGUCUCCAGACUUGUACUUGGCCUUUGAGAAAAGCUGGACCCCGCCUCUGGCAGCGGGAAGAGGCAAGCCUCCAAGCCAAGAGCAUAGGGUCUUGUCCUAGGAGUGCUUGGCUGGCAGUGGACAUUCAUGAGGAAUCUGCUCUACUAGAUCCUCCAGGCCUCUUGGUGAACAUCUACCUUGGAUUACUAGGGAGAUGGUAUCUUGGCUUUCUCCCCAAGGAGGGGUCCAGCUGCAAUAUCUGAGUUGGACAUAGGGCACUAUAGCUGGGGUGGAGAGACUCAGGCAGAACUGAGAACUACAUCCAUGAGAUAGACCCUUGGGGACCGUGGUCCUAUUUCUUGCCUGCAGGCACUAUAGGCAGCCCUCCUGGAGGGCUCUGUACAACCUUCUAACCCAGAGCCUCUUACCCUGUAGCCUAGGAGGGAGCCAGGGCAAGGGCAACUGGGGACCCAACUUCUGAGAGAGAGAGACACCAUCACUCUGAGGGCAGAAGCGGAAACCAGAGCACAGGGUCUCGGGCGGGACACGGUGGCCGCCCGCAUACUUGAAUGUACAUGCAUAUUUAUUGCUUACACGUGUUUGCCAUGUUGUUCACGGGUCCUUUCCAACCCGAGAGGUACGUUUGUUUUGUUUUACCCAAAAAUAAAAAAAUCUGCCAAGUG